AUGCGCUACCGCUCCCAGAGAAAGAAGAACCAAAAACUCCAACACCCAGAACAGAGGUCUGCAGGCUCAGUGAUGCCCUCCCCCAGUUCCGUGGGCUCCGCGGCUCCAGAGGACUCUCACAGUCUCUGGAUGACAUGCAGAGCGGGGGUCAUCCUCCGGCCGGGCCCAGACCCUGCUCCUGGGGAUGCUCCGCCUCCACCUGCCUCCACGGCCUGCUCCCCGAGGCCCGAUGACUCCUUCUUGGGUCACUUUGCUCCUCUGCAGGCCUCGGCGGACAGCAGUUGUGUGGCCCUGGAACCUCUGAGUGACAUGGAGCUAAACGAGGACGCUGCAGUUGAGUGUCUGGACGAGCCCCCUGGAGCCGCUCUGGUCAUGAAGCUGGAACAGCUGAGGCAGUGGCAGCAGCAGAUGCAGCAGCAGCUCCGGUCGCAGCAGAUGCAGGAGAUUCUCCAGCUGCAGCAGGAGCAGCACAGACUGUUGGCCCUGGUGAACCACACAGAUGAUGUGGAGGAGCUGUCGGGAGCAGCGUGGGAGGAGAGCACGCUGCAUAGCACGUCUCUGUGUCAUCAACAAGAGGAGAACAAGGGCCCCCAGAGGACUGAUCCUCCGCCAGUCCAAAGCGUUCCCCAGAUGAACAUAGAAGGUGAAGUCAGCUCCCCAGAGGAAGAGCAGCCACAGGACCAGAGAUGGCAGGAGCGUGGAGAGGGCAGCACCCAUGAGGAGACCGCUGCCACAGACAGACCCAUCAGGCCUGGAGCUGGGAGUCCCAGGACGUUUGAGGAGAUUCUGGAGGAGCAGCUGAGACGAGAGGAAACCCGACUAGAGCCUCAGACUGAUCCUGCAGAUGUCCCCGGGGCCCGUCCUAAAAGAGCCUUUCUGAGGAGGGGCCAGGGUCUGCUAAGAUUCAGUGGGAGGACAGCACAAGUGAAGAACAGCAGAAGCGCCGCCCUCGGCAGACCUGAGCCUCUGGUACACAGGAAAACAGCCAUUGUCUCCCAGGGGCCCCGCGCCCGAGGCCCCAGCUCAUCCCUGCGUCAGGAGUCCAGCGCACCGCACUCAAAGAACUACUUUCCUCAGCAGGGGCCUCCUUCACAGAGGCUGUCCGAGCCUGCAGUCAGAGAGCCUGCAGUCAGAGAGCCUGCAGUCAGAGAGCCUGCAGUCAGAGAGCCUGCAGUCAGAGAGCCUGCAGUCAGAGAGCCUGCACUCAGAGAGCCUGCACUCAGAGAGCCUGCACUCAGAGAGCCUGCACUCAGAGGCCCUGUAGGGGGCCCCAGCAGAAGCCGGCCUGAGGGCCUUCAUCCCCUGGGAGAAGCAGGACACUGUGGAGAGAGCUCCUUUAGGGAGAGUGUGGAGCUGGGGGAGUUUGAGCUGCUGGAGCAGGCCGCAGAGGAGCUGUCCUUCUCCUCCAACUCCUCCUUUGUCCUCAAGGUUUUGCAGAUGGACCGACAGAAGAGGCUCCCAGCCCAGGAGCUCCACCAGCGCCGCCUCUCCUCCACCCCCGUCAAGAGCCCCCCUCGCCCCCCUGCUGAGGGGGGGCCACAGGGGGACUUAGAACCUGCAGCCGGACAAGUGCCCUGGCUCCCCUCUGUCUACACCUUCCCUUGUGAGACUGAGCCUCCCUACGACAAGCACACUUACGAGGACCACUCCCUGACCCCCAGUGAAGCUGCAGACUCUGACUGUGAGGAGCCCACUCUGACUGAGGGCCUACACCAGGGGCCACACCAGAAGCAGUCAUGCAGAGUGCUGUUUGACGACCACGACACCUGGAGUCAGCUAUCUCAGGAGCACAGUCUGAGCCAAGACAGCACAGUCGUGCUUGUUUCCACAGAGGAGCCGGCCUCUCCACCAGAGGCCUCUCCACCAGAGCGUGUUGUCAGCAGAAAGGUGGCAGUGUCCAGAGCAGUGGAGCAGGACCCUCCCCCCUCUCAGCUAAUGAGCAGACUGUUCCCUGCACUCAAGGGCCCCUCCCACAAUGCACCUGUGAGCACCCCACCCACUGCUGCGCAUCCCAGAACAGACGCCCAGCCGGCCCAGUCCCAGCUGCUGAGGGAGCGGCUGGCGGAGCUGGAGGUGGAGAUCGCACGCUUCAAAAAGGAGAAUGCUGCCCUCUCCAAACUGUGCCAGGAGAACCAGCAGGAGCAGGAGGAGCUGAGGAGGGAGCGCGCUCAGUUUAAGCAGCUCCAGGCCCAAGAGAGCAGCCGCUUUGAGGAGUACAGACAGGAGGAGAUCCGAAAGCUGCAGAAGGAGCGCAGACUGUUCCAGAAGCACAUGUCCGCAGCCAGAACUGUGCCCAACAAGAGCGAGCGCCAGGAGAUCCAGGCUCUGAAGCAGCAGCUCAGCUCCCUCCAGGACGAGCUGAGGAGGAAGGAGAGCCGCUGGGCCAAUACUCACAGCAGGCUGCGCCUCCAGCUGGAAGCUCUGGGUCAGGACAACGCUGCUCUGCGAGAGGAGGUUAAAACUCUGGAGAAACUACGCAUCACGUCCUGGAAGAAAAACUCCUCAGACUCAGAGAAAAGCUCUGCUGCCAAAGGAGUCAAGUUUGCUACUCCUCUGGACUCCAAGAACAGCCCUCCUGCACUGGCCAGCAGGGGGAGCCGCAGGGCCUCUGCUCCUGGGGCCACCAUCAGGAAUAAAGCAGUGAAGAGCAGUCUGAGGAGGCCAUCGCUCUUAGCACAAGCACUGGAGGAGGUCAGCUCUAACCCCAGCCCUGACCCCGCCCAGACGGGCUCCUCCAGUGACUCCUGCUCAGAGGACAGUGACAGCCGGCUGCAGGAGGAGGCCCCAGUGCCUGAUGGGAAGCCGGAGCAGGUGCUGGACAGUGGUGCGCGCCUCUUUAUCUUCCCCAACGGCACCAGGAAGGAACUGUCACCAGACGGACAGACUCUCAGAGUCACAUUCUUUAACGGAGACACAAAAGAAGUCACAGCUGACCAGAGAGUGAUCUACUACUACGCCGAGGCCCAGACCACCCACAUCACCUACCCUGACGGCAUGGAGGUCCUGACCUUCCCAAACAACCAGAGCGAGAAACAUUUUCCGGAUGGACGCAAAGAGAUCACCUUCCCCGACCAGACUGUGAAGACCCUGUAUCCAAACGGACGAGAGGAGAGCGUUCUGACCGACGGCACCAUCGUCCAGCUCCAUCCAGACGGCAGGAAGGAGAUCCUCUUCAUCACGGGGCAGAGGGAGGUGCACACCGCAGAGUACAAACGCAGAGAGUAUCCAGACGGAACCGUGAAGACUGUGUUCAGUGACGGACGACAGGAGACCCGCUACCCCACAGGACGGGUCCGCAUCAAAGACCAGGAUGGGACCCUGCUCCUGGACACGCCCUAG